AUGAGAACUGAGUGGAAGAUUCAAGAGUGCCUCUGGUUCUCUUUUAUUGUCUUAAUGCUUUUCAUCAUUGCAAGUGAUUCUAUUGCAAAGCCUCUACAAAGCAACACUGACUGCUUUCGCAAUGUCACAAGUGGUGAAUUUCAUGAAGAAACUUUCUCAGUCGAAUCCGAAGUGCAUCCAAGUCCUCCCUUUGCCGUCCAACUACAGAUGGGGAUGCGUGUUAUUAGUUAUGAUAGUUUUCGAAAGCAGCAAAUUUGCAAUGCGAAAAUAUAUGGCAAUUGCUUAGGACCGAAGAUGUCAGGGCAUACUGAUAACCGGCCCUGUAAUUACUACACUAAAUGCAGAGUAAAAUAG